GCGAGCGGAGGAGGUGGGGGGGACACCGACGGAAGGAUUUGGAGCGACUGCUUGCGGGCAAGGUUAUUUGCAAAUUCAGUUAGCUGGCUUGCCAGAAAACAAACAAUUUACAAACCGCUGACACCCGUUACCCACCGUCAUGAAUGUGUUCGGACUCCUGAGGGAUUUGUAAGGGGUACGAGGACUCUUUGCCUGAGGCGUCAGAUCACCCAGCGUGGAAUUGCGGCGUGAACCCCCGAGUUACAGCGAGCAUGGCGGGCGCUCAGGGGGGCGUGAGGGCCUCCCUCAGGGGCGGUCUGAAGCGCCCAGGCCGCGAGAGGCUGGAGGACGCGCCCAUCAAGAAGCGGGUGAUGGCGGCCAUGAACCUGAAACGCAGGCUCCCGGAGGGGCCCCCCGGCGUGCCGGAGGGGGCCCCCAGGAGCUCAAAGAUCAAGAAGGAGUGCGUGGAGGAGGGUGGGGAGGCGGAGUGCAGGUGGCCGGAGGAGGAGGCGGAGGACAGGAAGGCCGGGGGAGGGGCGCUGGACCUGAGCCCAGGGCUGAAGCACACGCUGGCCCAGUUCACCCUCAGCAGCCAGAGCUCGCUGGGCGGGCCGGCCGCCUUCUCGGCCCGCGGCGGGCAGGACGUGCUGGCGCCGGCGCCGUCCCCACCGGUGCUGGGCGGCGGCCCGCUCCUGGUGCCCUGCGACAGCUCCACGGAGCUCACCCACUCCCUGCUGGAGGGCGACUCCAUCUCCUGCUUCGUGGUGGGCGGGGAGAAGCGGCUGUGCCUGCCGCAGGUGCUGAACUCGGUGCUGCGCGAGUUCUCGCUGCAGCAGAUCAACGCCGUCUGCGACGAGCUCUACGUCUACUGCUCCCGCUGCGACGCCGAGCAGCUGCACAUCCUCAAGGUGCUGGGCAUCCUGCCGUUCAACGCGCCGUCCUGCGGCCUCAUCACGCUCACCGACGCCCAGCGGCUCUGCAACGCCCUGCUGCGGCCCGGCGCCGCCCCACCUCCGCCCCAGGACCCCGGCGGGGGCAGGCUGCGGGAGGGCGGGGCCGGCGUGCGGGUGGAGCACCGCUGCCUGGGGAAGUGCCAGGGCGUGUUCCUGCCGCAGCUGUACACCCGGCCCGACGCGCCCUGCGUGCAGUGUCUGCAGUGCCAGCUGCUGUUCGCCCCGCACCGCUUCGUCAUGCACUCGCACCGCUCGCCCGACAAGCGCACCUGCCACUGGGGCUUCGACUCGGCCAGGUGGCCCCGCUACCUGCACCUGGGCCGCAAGCACCUGGGCACGCCGCAGGAGGCCGAGCUCAGGCAGCUGCUGGAGGAGGUGAAGGAGAGGUUUCGCUGCCCGCAGAGGGGCGUCUCCGUCGACAAGAAGGAUGUGCCGUUAAAGAAAGGGUCUAAUCUCUGUUCUCAGACUGAGAAGCUCUAUGACAGCCACCCAGAGCAAAAGGCGAAACCCCACCCCACCCUCGUUUUCAACCACCGCCCGUAUCCUGACCUCAAAGAGGAGUCUCUCUGCCGCUCCAGCUACCUCCUGUACAUGUGUGACAGGGUGGGCGUUCCCAACGCAUCCCAGGCCCCACCCCUGGGGAAGGAGGAGGCGGGGCUGGGCGUAGAGGUCCUGGGGGCCCUGCUGAGGCAGCCCUGCGGCGGGGGCGGGAAGAGGAGAGCCACGCCCGCCUCGCCCGCCGCUCUGAGCGAGGAGGACAAGGACCGGAUGGUGCUGGAGCUGCUGCGUGUGUACUGCAGGCAGCAGGAGGCCCUGCGCUCCGCGCUGCAGAGGCACAGGCAGCUGGAGACGGAGGGCAGCUCUGAGCAUGCUCAGAAACUGGCAGAGGAGUUUACUGAGCAUGCUCAGCCACAGGAUGAAGAGCGUAAUAAGCAUGCUCAGGCCCAGGGAGAGGACCACACUGAGCAUGCUCAGACAGACGGCGAGGAGCGUACUGAGCAUGCUCAGACAGACGGCGAGGAGCGUACUGAGCAUGCUCAGACGGAGGGCGAGGAGUGUAGUGAGCAUGCUCAGACAGCGGGCGAGGAGCGUACUGAGCAUGCUCAGACGGAGGGCGAGGAGCGUACUGAGCAUGCUCAGACGGAGGGCGAGGAGCGUACUGAGCAUGCUCAGACGGAGGGUGAGCAGCGUACUGAGCAUGCUCAGACAGAGGGCGAGGAGCGUACUGAGCAUGCUCAGACGGAGGGUGAGCAGCGCACUGAGCAUGCUCAGACAGAGGGCGAGGAGCAUACUGAGCAUGCUCAGACGCAGGAUCAGAGAGAGCUGGAGGACGGGCUGAAGAAGUCGAGGCAGAAGACCUGCACCUGUAAAACCAGCACGGAGCAGCACCAGGAGGCCCAGUACACCUCACAGCUUCUGGAGCUGCGGCGCAGGCUGGACCGGGCGGAGGAGGACAGGGAGGAGCUGCAGGAGGAGCUGCGCAGGGAGAGGGAGGCGCGGCAGAAGCUGGAGCUGAUGAUCGCCCAGCUCCGGCAGCAGGUGUCCCGCGGUGCGGGGGGUGGGGCAGGGGGCAGCACGGGGGGCAGCCCAGCCUCCCCCCUCUCCCCCGACACGCACUGCCAGGCUGGAGCCGACACCCCGAGCCGUCUGUAA